UUUUCCGCCUGAAAUCUAGGUUUAAAAUGCUACUAUUAAAAUUAUUUAUAAUCGCGAUCACUGCACUCGUGACGGCGCAUCAGGUUAAAGAACCGAGAGUCAGGAUUUUACAUGGCGUCUUGAAAGGAACUUGUAAAAUUUCUACCAAAGGAAGGACUUAUGGAAGUUUUCAGGGUAUCCCGUACGCCAGACCACCUUUGGCAAAAUUUAGAUUCAGGGAACCUCAACCCCCAGCACCAUGGCCAGGUGUAUGGGAUGCUUCUCGACCUUUACAACCUUGCCUACAGCGCGAUGCCUUCGAAAAAAAAGUUAUCGGUCGCGAAGACUGUCUUCAUCUAAACGUAUACUCUCCGAAGCCGUACAUAGGAGCUAUGCUCCCUGUUGUGGUGUUCAUCCAUGGAGGAACAUUUAUGCAUGGCUCAGGUUCCUUCUACGAUCCUGGCCAUCUUAUGGAUAAAGAUCUUGUUGUUGUCACAUUCAACUAUCGGUUGGGACCUCUGGGAUUCCUAAGUACAGGUGAUGAGGUCGUCCCCGGUAACGCUGGACUGAAAGACCAGACGAUGGCACUGCGCUGGGUGCGGAACAAUAUUCUCAUGUUUGGAGGCAAUCCUGACAGUGUCACACUCGCUGGUUGUUCCGCUGGUGGUGCUAGCGUGCAUUAUCAUUAUUUGUCGCCUAUGUCUAGAGGUAGGAUUUAAAAAUCUUAAGAAAAAGAGAGAGUAUACUUUUCAAUGUAAGUAUGAAACCAAUAAAUGUUAUU